AUGACAGCAGAGGUGAGGAAAGCCAUAUGUCUGGCUCCUCAGCUCUUGGGUGCCCAGGAGAAGAGGGACAACUCUUGGGGACCAGGAUCAAGCCUGCAACAGGACAGUCAACUCAGCUGUGAAGUCUUUAGGCAACACUUUCGGCAACUGUGUUACCAUGAGACCUCUGGGCCACAGGAGGCCCUGGGCCAACUGCGUGACCUUUGUGGACGGUGGUUGAGGCCAGACAUGAACACAAAGAUGCAGAUCCUGGAGCUGCUGGUGCUAGAACAGUUCAUCACCAUUCUGCCUGGGGAAAUCCGUGCCUGGGUGCAGCUACAUCGUCCAGAAAACGGAGAAGAGGCUGUGGCCAUGGUGGAAGAUUUCCAGAAACACCUCAAUGGACCAGGACAGAAGGAUUUGGUGACAUUUGAAGAUGUGUCAGCAGACUUUACUGGGAAAGAAUGGAAGGGCUCAGCACCUGCUCAGAGGGCCUUCUUUCGAGAUUUGAUGUUGGAGAAUUAUCGGGAUGUUGUAUCACUGGGAAUCUCUUGGAGAGAGGAAGAACCAUGGAGCCUAAAUCAUCAGGGACCUCUGGACUUGGAAGAUGGGAAAAGCACCUGUACGGAAGGUGAUAAUGUUACUGAGAAUGAGGAGAACACUUCAAAACAAGACAUUUUUGUUGAAUCAGAAUCACAUAAUAAUUCAUCAGAAAGUCUACAGAAGGAUCUUUGCCAGGGAUCUGAAACUGAAGAAGCCUGUGAAAGGGAAAAUAUUUUCGAGCAGCAGCAAGGAACACUCUCACAGGAAAAAAUUAGGAGAAUUAACAGUGAUUUUAUGGGCGUGAUAGUCCAGAAUAAGAAAAUCCCUAUUGAGGAGAGAGAUGAGAAACAUAAAGAAUUUUGGAAAAGUUUUGAUCUUGUCUCAAAUACUGGUACACAUGAGAAAAUUCCUAGAGGACAGAAAUCCUAUCAAUGUAACGAAUGUGGCAAAUACUUCAAUCGGAGCUCACACCUUAUUGGACAUCAGAGAAUACACACCGGAGAGAAACCUUAUGAAUGUAAUGAAUGUGGGAAAAGCUUCAGACAGACUUCUCAACUUAUUGUACAUUUGAGAAUCCACACAGGUGAGAAACCCUACGAAUGUAAUGAGUGUGGAAAAGCUUACCGUCACAGUUCACAUCUUAUUCAUCACCAGAGACUCCACAAUGGUGAAAAACCUUACAAAUGUAAUGAGUGUGUGAAAGCCUUCACUCAGAGCUCUCAACUUAUUGAUCAUCAGAGAAUCCAUACUGGUGAGAAACCCUAUGAGUGUAACAUGUGUGGGGAAGCCUUUAGUCGGAGUAAAAGCCUUAUUCGACAUCAGAUACUUCACACUGGGGAGAAGCCUUAUAAGUGUAAUGAAUGUGGGAAAGCCUUCUGUUCUAAUAGGAACCUUAUUGAUCAUCAGAGAACUCACACUGGAGAGAAACCUUAUCAGUGUAAUGAGUGUGGCAAGGCCUUUAGCAGGAGCAAAUGCCUUAUUAGACAUCAGAGCCUCCAUACUGGGGAAAAACCUUACAAAUGCAGUGAAUGUGGGAAGACUUUCAGUCAAGGUUCUCAACUUAUUGACCAUGAAAGAAUUCACACUGGGGAAAAACCUUUUGCAUGUAGUGAGUGUGGCAAGGCAUUUAGCCUAAGCAAGAGCCUUAUUCGACAUCAGAGACUUCAUACUGGAGAGAGACCAUAUAAAUGCAACGAUUGUGGAAAAUCUUUUAAUCAGAAUUCGCACCUUAUUAUACAUCAGAGAAUUCAUACUGGGGAGAAACCUUAUGAAUGUAAUGAAUGUGGAAAGGUCUUUAGUUAUAGCUCAAGUCUUUUGGUGCAUAAGAGAACCCACACUGGGGAGAAGCCUUAUGAAUGUCAUGAAUGUGGAAAAGCUUUUAGUGACAGCUCACAACUAAUUGUACACCAGAGGAUACAUACUGGGGAGAAGCCCUAUGAAUGUAAAGAAUGUGGGAAAGCCUUCAGUCAGCGUUCAACUUUGCUGGUACAUCAGAGAAUGCACACUGGGGAGAAACCCUAUGAAUGUAGUGAGUGUGACAAAGCCUUCACUAAUAAGAGCAAUCUUGUUGAUUAUCAGAGGAUCCACACUGGGGAAAAACUAUAUGAAUGUAAUAAUUGUGGGAAGACUUUCUUUUUGAGGAAAAGUUUCACUGGGCACCAGAAGGUCCACCAUAGGGAGAAAGCUUGUAAAUGUAAUGAGUAUGAUAAAGUCUUUAGUUGCAGAUCAAAACUUGUGGUACAUCAACGAAUCCACACAGGAGAGAAACCCUAUGAAUGUGAUGAUUGUGACAAAGCCUUCACGCAUAAGAGAAAUCUUCUUGAUCAUCUAACAAUCCACACUGGGGAAAAAUCCUAUCAGUGUAAAGAGUAUUGUGAAAAAAUAUUUAGUUAUAGAUCCAAACUUCUUGCACAUCAGCAAAUUUACACAGAAGAGAAAGCUUUCAAAUGUAACGAUUGUGACAAAGUCUUUACUCAUAAGAAUAAUCUUGUUGAUCAUCAGAGAAUCCACACUGGGGAGAAACCCUAUGCUUGUAAAGAGUGUGGGAAAACCUUCAGCCAGAGUGCAAACCUUACUGUACAUCAAAGAAUCCAUACUGGGGAGAAACCUUUUAUUUGUAAUGAGUGUGGGAAAGGCUUUAGUCAGAGAUCCCACCUUAUUCGGCAUCAGAGAAUCCAUACUGGGGAGAAGCCCUAUGAAUGUAAUGAGUGUGGGAAAACCUUUAGUCAGAGCUCAAAUCUGAUUGUACAUCAGGGAAUUCACACCGGAGAGAAAUCUUAUGAAUGUGAUGAAUGUGGGAAAGCUUUCCGUCGAAGUUCAGGUCUUACUGUCCAUCAAAGAAUCCACACAGGGGAGAAACCAUAUGAGUGUAAUGAGUGUGGGAAGGCUUUCAGUUGCAGCUCAUACCUUAUUGUACAUCAGAGAAUACAUACUGGGGAGAAACCUUAUCAAUGCGGUGAAUGUGGGAAAGCCUUUAGUCAGAAUUCACAUCUAAUUCUCCAUCAGGCAACUCAUUCACGAAAGAAACACCAGAUUCCUCCAUUGGUUAGAGCUCAGUGUUAAUGGAAUCAGGGAUUCGCAUUGAUUCCUUGGUUCUGCAACCAUAUCCUGUACUCAGAUUAGCCAUUUCACAAAUGUCUAUCUUUGCUCAAAACUGAAACUCAAGAGGGAAGUUACAGACAGCUCCCACCAACUUUUAUGUAUGACUACAAAGGGAUAGUACAUUACUUUCCACUUGUAUAUUGGUUUGUGAUUACAUUUCAGUUCUUUUCACAUUGGAAGUGUGUAGCUUAAGUUAGAUUUUAACCACUGAGGUCAGGCACUCAGUCUUAUCUCUGGUUUUGAAAAUAAAACACCACCAUAACUUAGUAGUUGCUCUUUAUAUGUGGCAAGUAAUUAUUAAUUCACAACCAGAUAAAUUUUUUAUCUCAUCAAAUGUAAAGCCUUGAUUCAGUCUGAUUAGGGGAGGGGAGUGCCUGAAUCAAGCAAUAAAAUCUAAGUUAAAUCCC